AAUUUUGUGCAAUUUGAGUCGAAAUUAGUUCAUUUUUAAUUAAGUGAUGUAUUGUUUUGUUCAAAAAAAAAAAAAAAAAAAAAAUGAAAUCUACUAGUGAUGCUUUUUUUAGAAUGACGAAACUAAUUUUAUAUCGGUGAACACUUGAGCCGAUAAGGUGAUCCUUGUAAGUCGAUAAUUAUUAAAAAUUAUCGUUUAAAUUCACACUUUUCGGUAAAAAAAAUGUCAGUACUGUUUUACUAUUGCAAAGUAACUUCUUCCUAUCUAUAGCAUUUUGUUUUUUGAAAUGGAUGGUUAUAUUUUCAUCGUAAUAUUAUUAGUGAUUUUUUUGCUUUAUUGCGUCAAAGAAAGUACGAGACCUAAACGUUUUCCGAAUGGGCCCGUAUUUCUACCUUUUAUUGGAUCCAUUUGGAGUUUACCUGCCAAAGGUAUGGAGUAUUCGAUACCAAAAUGGAAGAAAAAAUAUGGUAAUUUAGUUGGACAUAAAUUAGGAUACGAGAAGUUGGUCGUGUUUUGUGGAAGCCAUGAAAUUGUCGAAGGUUUGAAGCAUCCAAAUUUCCAAGGCAGAUAUAAAUCAAAAUUUUUAAUGCAAAGAACCCUUAAUAAACCAUUAGGAAUUUUUUUCGCCGAUGAUGAAACUUGGUCCGAAGUGAGACGUUUCACUUUACGAUUUCUUGGAACAGUUGUAACGACAGAAUUGGAGACUAUUCUGCAUGAUGAAUUGUUGGAAGAAUUUAGUACCAUUCGAAGCGGAGAAAUUUAUAAUAUUGAUGGAAAUUUCAUGAAAGUUCCCUUAAAUUUGAUCCUCAGAAUGAUUACUGGAACGCGUCGAAAAGAUCACGCAGCUCAAAUUGACGAUAUUCAAAAAAAGACUCAAAAAGCGUUCAUAGUAGGACGUCUUACGGGCAUCGAAUUAGUUUACCCAUUUUUUAAAGGACUAUUUCACAAUCACAUUAUUGUUGAUGCUGUAGUUGCAGCUCAGAAAUUUCUAAAGGAUAGAUUGGAAGAACAUAAAAAAAUUUUCGACCCUCUAGACAUCAAAGAUUAUGCUGAUGCGUUUAUAAAUGAAAGUGCGAAAGAGGUUCAAUUGCAUGGGAAGGUCAUUAAUUUCACUGACGACGAAUUUCUAUCAUGUGGUGUAGAUUUGGUACAAGCAGGAAAUGAAUCGCCGAGUAAAACACUAAGAUUCAUUUUAUUGCACAUCACCUUGAAUCAACGUGUUCAGUUUAAAUUACAUGAAGAAAUAGAUCGAGUGAUAGGCUCAGACCGAUAUCCAACAUUAUACGAAAGAAGAAAUAUGCCUUACCUCGAAGCCACUAUUUACGAAGGACUACGAAUAGAUCCGACAGCCCCCCUUGGCAUGGUACACAGAGUUACCGAGGACACCCAGUUUAAAGAAUAUUUUUUGGAAAAAAAUACGUUGAUAUUCUUUGCUUUGAAAUAUGUCAUGCGUGACCCUGAAAUAUGGCAAAACCCUGACGAAUUCUUACCUGAAAGGUUUCUGGGAAAUGAACAUUUGAAGAAGAAAAUAUUAACUUUUGGUUUAGGUAAACGAUUGUGUAUUGGAGAAGUGCUUUCGAAAAAUUUCAUGUUCUUGUACCUGGCGUAUUUCUUUCAAAGAUUUUCGAUCAAGUUACCGGAUGAUUAUAAACCAUCUACUGAGCCAUUAUUGGGAUUUACGAAUGGACCUAAACCUUUCGAACUUAUUAUUACAAGACGAGAGAAACGUAUUUGAGUACACAAAUAAGUACCUCAUUGAGCAAGCAUGCCUGUGAUUGUCGAGUAAAAUAGCUAUCUAAAUAAUUUCGAUUUCAAUAUGCUGGUUUUAAAAAAUGAAUGAAUAAAAUUUUCAAAUUUUUGUAA